AUGUCUCCCACACCUGAGCAACUAUUGUCACCUUGCUUGACCGAUUGUGGUCGAGCAGACACUGCAAUCAACGAGCACUCCCAGCCUACAACGACCAGCAAAAGCAGCAUGAUGAAGAUCGACAACAUGCUCAACCCAUAUCGCCAAGACGUACCAUCAAACUCGUCCAGUACGCCUCCAUCGACGCCUUCUUACUCUCAAGCAAGGUCUAGUCCAGACAUUACGGCCUCUCGCAGCCCCAUCCCCUUCUUGUCACCACAAAAACGUCAGAAGCAGAUCAAGGACGGUGCAAUAUUCAAGCCAGGCACGCCGACAGCUCCGGUGGAGUACCCUCCGAAGGGCGUAGAUGACCUUCUGCAGAUCUCGGAGCACAGAAGGGCAGAGUUGGUUCGAGAGCUUGCGCACCAGCAUGCAAUCUUCCAGAUCUAUCCUGGUCUGGACAGCGGAAGGCGUGUUGAAGACUGUCCUCGCCGCAUCCCAUAUUCAAGUGACAAGAAGACUUUCGCAGAGAAGACAGCAAGAGAAGCGGUAGAAGUAUUCGAGUACACAUUCCAGAUGCCCAACAAUCCGGAAAAGAAGCAUGUCGUUAUGUGGGACUAUCAGAUUGGUCUUGUCCGCAUCACACCUUUCUUCAAAGCUCUUGAUUACUCCAAGACUGCGCCAGCCAAAGCAUUAGGCGCCACGCAGCGCCUCAAGGACCUUGCACACUCCAUCACCGGUGGAGCUCUCGCAGCACAAGGCUACUGGUUGCCAUACCAAUGUGCAAGAAGCCUGUGCAUCACGUUCUGCUACCAUAUCCGCUGGGCUUUGACACCAAUCUUCGGCGUUGACUUCGUGGAAGACUGCUUGAUGCCCGAGGAUCCGUGGUAUGGCAGAUUCAGAAUCAGUGGUGAAGUCGUGCGCUAUGCCGAGCGUGAGGCAGAAAGUUGGAAACACCUUACUGAUAGACGUGUCAACUCUCCCGUUGGGGGUGUUGGUGGUGCUAUUGUCGACUUGCAGCAAGUACCACGCAGUGUACCUCCAACCGAAGCAGCAAGUACAGGAAGAGAGCUUCGACAGCGCCCGACCUUCAGUGCACGCUCCGCAUUCGACAUCGAUAUCAACGCUACCAAUGGCGCCUAUACUCAUGCUGUUACCAGACCACAAUCGCCAGGGGUGUCACCGCGAAGCUCACCAGCAGCUAGCUUGUCCGGCUGGACCAGCAUCAAUUCACCUGCACUUCAAAUGCCCGCCCUAAAAAUAAGGUUAUCACCUUCGCUGCUCACACAGCCUCGCGAAACGCCCAUAUUCACGGCAUUGCCCAUCAAGACUGAACGCCUUUCACACAAGCGUCGUCAAUCUGCUGAGGACGGCUCAGAUCUUGACUAUGCUAGCCCGCACUCCAGGCAAAGUCAAACCUUGCCGGCAACAACGACCAAGAAACGUCAACGCCGUAAGCAGCCCAAGUCCGCUCGUGUGCCCAAUUGGCAGACCGAAGAAGAAGCCAUCUACACUUCUGAGGACGAACGUGCUGCCCUGAUGCUUUUGCAAUUGAAUAAGGAUGAUGCUCGACUUGCUCAUCGCUGA